AUGGGUCUGCAAAUUUCCGCCUCCUCCUGCCUCCUCAUCCUCGCCGUCGCCGCCGCCGCCUCCGCCGCCGCCGCCGUCGCCCCUCCAGCGAAGCCCGACACCGCGCUGAUCCAGAAGGUGUGCAGGGCCACCAAGUACUACGGCCUCUGCCUCUCCACCCUCAAGUCCGACCCCUCCAGCUCCCGCGCCGACCCCAGGGGCCUCGCCUCCAUCUCCCUCGCCGCCGCCCUCGCCAACGCCACCUCCGCCUCCUCCUUCCUCUCCUCCCUCGCUCUCGGCGCCUCCUGCGGCGGCUCCUGCGGCGACCCAGCGCUGUCCCGGCUCCUCCUGGACUGUGCCGACAAGUACGGCCUCGCCGGCGACGCGCUCCGGGCGUCGGCGCUUGACGUGGCGGCGGAGGCCUACGACUACGCCUACGUGCACGCGAUGGCGGCGGAGGACUACCCGAGCGCGUGCCGCGACGCGUUCCGGAGGUCGCCGGCGGGGACGGCCUACCCGCCGGAGCUCGCGCGGCGGGAGGACGGGCUCAAGCGCAUCUGCGACGUCGUGCUGGGGAUCAUUGAAUUUCUCGGCUCGUGACGAAAAAUAAUUUAUUUUUUUAUUCCAUUUUGCUAAUCUAGUUAAUGUCAAUUUCAGAUUUAUUUUUAUCAAAAUAUUUCACGUCGCUCCAUUAAUUAUUAAAAUUUUCACAUAAUUAAGGGGCGAAAUUCCUAUGCAAAUCCCGUGAUUGUUGGCUUAUUAGUAUGCAAAGUUCAUCACCUCGUUGGUUCCAAAA